AACUCUUAAACUGCGAUAUGCUGCGUGGGGAGGGGCCCUCAGGGCGAGCACACCCCUCCUUGCCUGUGUCGGAGUGUUUCAGAACAGAGGCCAGCAUUUAGUUCCUCAGCAGAGAAGCUCUGCAUAUCACUCCGUCGGUGAAAUCCAUCCCAACUUGUUUUGGGUAACAAGGAGGACUUUUUUUUAUUAUCGUUUUUUGUUGUUUUUUUUUCCCUUCGCCUUCUUCUUCCUUCUAGGACUACAGCUCUCUUCGUCUCCUGGAAGCUGUGCGUCGUGACCGCGCGUUCCUUUUACGCACAGAUCUUGGAGCCUGAAAUUUAAAAAAAAAAGGAGAAAAAAAAAACCAGGACAAUGCCUCGGUCUUUCUUGGUAAAGAAGUAUUUCGCCAAACAAAAGCCAAACUACAGCGAGCUGGAAUGUCAGAAUGCAGAUACUUCACUGGAGACCUAUGCUCUUGCCGAAGUGCCAUCAGCAGACAACGGCACCUCCACCUGCUUCACCACGGGUCUGGUGUGGGACCUGAGCGUCCUCCCCGCCCUUUACCUGCCCACCGCCCAUUCGGAAGCCUCUGGCGCCUCGGGCCCCCUGGACCUGAGCUCCCCUUGCAGCCUCAGCAGCGGCGCCAGCAGCAGCGGCGAGGAAGACGAGGGGCGCAGCUCGGACCCCCCCAGCCCAGAGCCCGUCAUCACGUACGCCCCUCGCCAGAGGAUGAAGUGCACUGGCGUCAUGGCCCACGUCAGCCCCCCCGAAGAGGAGGAGGAGAGAGGAGAGACCCCGGCGAUGGCGGCCAGGCCGGCGUUCCUCUGCAAACACUGCCCCAAGGAGUACACCAGCUUGGGGGCUCUGAAGAUGCACAUUCGCUCCCACACCCUACCUUGUGUCUGCACCACCUGCGGGAAGGCGUUCUCCAGGCCCUGGCUGCUGCGCGGCCACAUUCGCACACACACAGGUGAGCGUCCAUUCUCGUGCCCCCACUGCAACCGGGCUUUUGCGGACCGUUCCAACCUGAGGGCCCACCUGCAGACCCACGCCGAGGUGAAGAAGUACCAGUGCGGCGUCUGUUCUCGCACCUUCAGCCGCAUGUCGCUGCUGCAGAAGCACAGCUCCUCGGGAUGCUGCUCCACUUUGGGCUGAGGCGCCGCGAGCAAGCGGGGCAAAACAUACUGGGACAUUUUAUUAUUUUAAAUUUUUUUUUAUAUUUUCUUCUUCUAUUGUUGACUGAGUUUUUGAAGCUGGACUAUCUGAACUGAGCAAAACUCACUAAACGUCGGCGCCUCUUGCCGCUGUCUGCGCCCAUUCCAAAUAACGCGUAACGUGAACUGGUCACGUAAGAGGCGUCUCUCCUCCCAUCUUCGCCCUGGUGCUGGUCAGCUCAGGAUCAUGGCCUAGACGCAGCUGCUCAGAGGUAGGGGUGCGUGGGUGGGAUAAAUCCCUUGGCCCUUCUCGAAGCAGCACACACUCGCGCGCGUGCGCACACACAAAGGCAAAUGCAUGCACAGCUGUCCCUGGUGCUGUGGUGCAGAUAGAUGAGGUGCUAACAGGUGCUGCAGCCAUGACCUUCGCUGGCUGAUAGCAGGUGACUCCCGAUGCCCUUGGUUUGCUUAAGGGAAAAAGAGGAAGCAUAUCAUCGCAGAAGAAUGACACCGGUUAAUGUUUUUGCUUUUUCUUUUUUUUCUCUUCCUUUCGCUGAUGUGGAUCAUCGUAAGCCUUUGUUUUGACUUAAACCAGAACCUCUGCCUUAAUCCGUUGGGCUUUAGAAAUGGGAAAAGCCAUUCUGCUGUUUUCCAAAGAUGAUUCAGUGUGCAGCUCUCCUGCAAACAUGUACAAAAGAAAAAAGUAAAAAAAAAAAAGCCAAUGCACUCAAG